AUUCCGAUAUUUGUAAACACGACGAAGAAGAUGUCUGUCCGCGUGUGUGUUCUGAUCAUCCUGGGGGCCGCGUCAGUGGCGAUAGCAACUGAUCUUACCAGGGCCUUUUUCACACCUCGAGAUACGCCAUGUCCAUCCAUCCCGGCCAUUGGCGAUUUCAAUGUUUCCAGGUAUGCUGGAACUUGGUACGAGAACAAACGAUUCACGUUCGCCUUCCAAGAGAAUACAAAAUGUGUAAGGAUCAAAUUCUUUGAAAGAGAUGACGGUGGAUUCAAUAUCAUCUUCUACAGGCAAUUGAUAUGGCCAAGACCAGUGGAGAUCAGAACGAGGCUCGUUCUUGAGCCUACUUUAUCACCGGGGACGUUUGACGCUAAAACUAAAAUUGGCGACAACUGGGUGUAUGCGGGGACCUAUGUUGUGGUAGUCGCUGGUUAUACUGACGCCACAAUGGUUUAUUCAUGCCAAGACCUUUGGUUUGAGACAGCACUUGAGGCUGCAUGGAUUAUGACACGUGACAGAGGGGUAUUGACCUCAGCCGAUGAGACUUCCUUGUCUAAUACAGCAACGUCAUUAGGCAUCAACUUCAGCAAAUUUUCGAGUACCAGCCAGAGCGAUUGUAUUGCUUAAACAGUAUGAUAAUCACGUGAUUAAACGUCAGUCUUAGUCAAAACAAACAACCUGUAAAUGUUUUAUCAUACUUGCAAUAAAAUUCAUAGAUAUAUA